AUGUCAGCGGCAGCUGAACCAACAACGCCUCUUCUAGUGCCUUGUCGGUCCGCCAAAGAGUCUUCCGAACCCAUCGUGGACCACUCUCGGGGGGAUACAAGACCUCAUAUCAGUCCGCGUGACUCCAUCAGCCGUAUAUUUGCCUAUUGUGGCUUCUUCGUCACCUCCCUCGUAGCGUCCAGUGCCUUUUCUACGGCUAUUCAGUCAUUAUCGUACCCCGCAGUCUUUGGUGGUCACAAGUCGGAAGUCGUGACCAGCGCCUUUUACCAGUUCCUCCUCGUUUUCGGACAGUGCAUUGGCUGUUUAUUCGGUGGAGUGGCAUGCGACAUCUGCGGCAGACGGGCCUCGUAUAUCGUGUCCCUCGGUAUAAUGAUUCUCGUUUUAUUACUCAAUGCUGUUACUCUGGCGAUAGAGUAUUUCAGUGGAGUUUCCCCCAGAGGGGUCCCUCAUCAGGUGUUAUGGUUGUUCAUGAGCGCCCUUCUCGGGGUAAGUAGCACCCUACUGUAUCCCAUAUGUGGGUCUAUACUUGUCGAGUCAAGCCCCGCAGUGCAGCGCCACGUCGACAUGGCCAAGUACAUGUGUACCCAGGGCCUCGCACAGCUCUUCGGAGGGCUUCUGGUGGUGGGCUUAUUAGCGGCGUUUGAUGCAGAAACUAAGGGCCGCGCCGAGUUCAACUCCCAGGCCCUCCUAUUGAUAUUGUUCUGCGUCCCUAUAGCGAUAUUAUGCUUGCUCUUUAUAGCCGCUCUAAUGUGGCUUAACGACAGUACAUUCUACUACGAAUACCGAGCCGAUCUGAACCUUUUCAUGGGGAUGCGGACUCCUACGAGACCUUCCUUCACUCGGAUAAGGUCGCACGUGAGGUCGUGUUGGAAAACGGGGAUGGAGUACCCAGAGCGCCUGGCGGGCUGUGCGGUGCCAUGGCUCCUAUUCGACAUCACUUUCUACUGUGAUGGAGUGUUGGGACUCAUAUCUGUAGCAGACGAUGAAAGCAUGACAGUCCCCAGUGCACUUGGUAACGAUCCUCCGGCCAUGUUCCAGGAUAACAUGCUGAGCCUCAUGGUCGUGGGGUUAUCAUUGACUGGGUAUUUCCUCGGUAUCAAAGGUGUCAAGAAAGUACCUCCUAAGCUGAUGCAAUUGAUCGGAUUUGUGGUACUAUCAUUUUGCUUCUUCGGUUUAGCCCUGUCACUUUGGUCUGUGGAGAACCCCGAGAGUGCUGUAAAUGAUCGUGUUGCUGAUUGUUUGUUAUUUAAUGCAUUUUUCCGUUUCUUUAACUUUGGGCCCAACAUCACUACUUACCUUAUACCACUAGAAUCCUGGCCUACACCUAUUCGAGGUACUAUGCAUGGCUUCGCAGGAGCAGCAGCUAAGUUGGGCGCCACUAUAGGCCUUGGCCUGUUCUGGAUACUCCGUAGUAGAAAGCUCAUGUGUGUAGCAUGUGCUAUCUGUGCUGGCCUAGCGACACUAGCGACCAUGAUGUACACGCCACACUUAGUGCCUGUCUCGGCUGAUUUGGAAUUGAUCGAUGGAGAAUGGCAGAAAGGUCGAAUUCGCUCUAAUGAAUGA